AUGGAGGGUGAAAUGUUCAAUCUCAUCAAGGUUUACCUCUUGGUUGGCAUAUCUUUAUGCUACUGCUAUUGGAUCCGAAAAUUUGUACCAGCGGGAAUAUCGAGACUUGUCUUUGUUCUUCCCAUAAUCUGCUUCUACUUCUUCAUUCCUUUCAGCUUUUCCUCUGUCCACUUGAAAGGCACCACAGGAUUCUUCUUCUCAUGGCUUGCAAACUUCAAGCUCCUGCUUUUUGCUUUCGACCAAGGACCUUUGUCCUCUAAGCUAUUUAUCUCUCCUUCACGUUUUGUAGCUGUUGGGUGCCUUCCCAUCAAGAUCCAAUCCAGAUUGCAUCCUUCAAACCCCAAUCAACCUGAUCAAAAUGGCAAAAACCCACGUCAAGAUCCAUCACUUAAGUCCACAAGUUCCCGUUUUGACACCGACCCAUCUUCAAUAACGCCAAAUACUAGUUGCCAAACCAAACAAAGAACAUCUUCCGUCAACCUGAGAAAGGUUCAUACCCCACUUUUUCAAUAUGCCGUAAAGGGUGUUCUUGUAGGAGUUUUGGUGAAAAUCUACGACUACAGUGACUAUAUUCACCCAAAAGUGAUUAUGGGCAUGUACUGUUUCCACAUCUACUUUCUGUUGGAAAUACUAUUAGCCAUUGUUGCAGGGGUGGCUCGAGCCACGCUGGGGUUGGAGCUGGAGCCACAGUUCAAUGAUCCACUACUCUCAACCUCACUGCAAGACUUCUGGGGUAGAAGGUGGAACCUCAUGGUAACCAGCAUCCUGCGACCAACGGUGUACGAGCCGACACUGAAAGCCGCAAGGGAUGUGGUUGGUCCCACGGGGGCCGCAAUAGCGGCAGUGUUGGGAACAUUUGUGGUGUCGGGUUUGAUGCAUGAGCUGAUACUGUAUUACAUGGGGGAGAUGGAACCAACGUUCAAGAUGACGUGGUUCUUUGUUCUCCAUGGACUGUGCUUGGCGGUGGAGAUUGCGUUGAAGAAGGCUCUCACCGCCACGUGGCGGUUGCCGAGGUUUGUGUCGGGGCCUUUGACCGCUGGAUUCGUUUUGGCAACCUGCAUUUGGCUGUUCCUGCCGGAGUUCAUCCGGUGUGGAAUUGAUGUUAAGGCAUUUGAGGAGUACGCUGCUUUAGGUGCUCUUCUCAAAAAUCUCACUUCACCAUUCUCUGCUUAUUUCGUGGGAAUAGUUAGGACCCUGUAA